AUGUUGGAUGUCUGCGGCAUUUCCCGAGACAUUCUUUUGCUCGUCAAGGAACACGUCCAGGAUCUGCAAUUCACUCUGCGCCGAGUGAGCACCGACGAGUCCGAUAUCGGAACCAAGGUGGCGGUUUACCACCGGUACUCGAAGAAGCUAAAGAAAGAGACUCUCAAGUGUUUGCAAUCGCUAAAAGGGAUGAAAAACAUGCCUAUAGCCAACGACGUCGUAACAACCAUCGACGAUAACCUGUGGAUGGUUGUGGAUGUGCUACGAGAAGUAAGAGUGACAACGAUAUCCGUGGUGGAGUCACUGCUUUCCCUCGUUUCGAUUCCGUGGCUGGAGAGAAAAUCGGGUAAAGAGUACUUCGGAUCGAAGUUCAUGCGAUCGAGUUGGCAGAGAUUUUAUGAUAUAAGCAAUGAAGUGGCGGUUCAGAGCGCGAAUAAACGAUUGCAGGCAGUGGAAAUAGCGAUCGAGGAUCUUGAAGCUGAGCAGACCAGAUUAAUCAAGACCAGAUUUCUACUUCUUAACAUACUUACCAACUAA